GUCAGGGGCGGUCCAAUAAUCCCUAAAAGCCAUCGAAGCCUCGGGUUCAUGGCAACCUGUCAGUCGUUUACCUCCUUUUUCAAUUCGUACCUUACCAGAGGCGAGACACCCAAACGUCCACUUGAAACUCAACCUUGCUUAACAACCAGCAAGCUGAACGACGACUCAAGGCCAAGAUGAUAACUCACGAAUCGUAAAACCUCAACUCAAGAUUUAGACACAACAACUCACCAGACGAUACCCUCCUUACAUACCACCUCCAAGAUGUCCACCUUUACCCCUUCCCCCUCAUGUCUUGCUUCUCCUUCUCUUCCCUCAACAACCGGCCUCGGCAUCCGCCUCUCCUUUUACCUCCUCUGGUUUGGUCUAAUCCCCGCCACUCUCGUUCGAUCCACCUCUCCGGCGCCAUAUACCGUGUUGCGGGCCGCACAUGCGAUUCUCUGUUAUGCCGUCUUCAUUGGGCUCGCUAUGAAAGCAGCCUCUCCUAGUUCAGAUAAUGUAUUCGGGGCGGUGGAGGUAUACAUCGCUACCCUGUUAGUCAGCGGGACGGCUUACCUCAUGUUGGGAGUGGUGUUCUGGACUGGGGUUAGGAGGUGUCUAAGUCCUGGUUCUGGUUCUGGGACGGGGGAGGAGAAGGGGAGGGGGAGAGGUGGUAAAAAGAAGGGUACUAGUAGGAACAACAAAGGAGGGAAGGAGAGGGAGUCCGGGUGUGAUUUGCUGGCUAUCAUGGAGUUUAUUCUUUUGCUAAUGGCCUGCGGGUUUCAGUUAUGGUUUUGGUGUUCGGGGGUUGUUGGACUAGCAGCCAAAAGAAAAGACGAGAAGCUCUGUGGGGAACAAUAUGGGUUCUUGUUUGCCAAAGCGGACUUGGAUAGUGUCGGGUUCAGAGCGUUCAAUAUUGCGGUGGUGUUGAUAGUGUUGGUGGGUGGGAUGGUGAUGGGUGUGAGGAGUUUGAGUGGUGGCGGAGGAGGCGAUGAGAAAAAGAGAAGGAAGAAAAGGGGGAAGAGAGAUGAUCCCUCUAGCAGCUCAACCCUGUCCCACCAACUCCAACUCCUCUUCAACCUCCUCAUCGCCACCACCGUCCUCGUAGCCAUCGAGCUUUCCAUCCACUGGAACCGUGUCUCGUCCGAAGUCAACAAAAUCAACAGCGCCUCACAACUAAUCCCGCUCCUGUUCUGCCUCGUCCUCAUCGCAGCUUGUAUCGUCGACUGGUUUUCAGCAGCACCCGACAGUGGCCGCAGAGGCAGCCGUUCCAGCCGGAGCAGAGGCCGAGGAAGCCGUACCAGCGGGAGCGGGAGCGGCAGCGGUGGUAGCGGCAGUGGCGGAAGCAGAAGGAAUAGAAAGGAAUCCCGUCGUCCUUCACACUCUUCUGCGAGCAGUACUAGCAAAUCAAGUCCGGGACCGCCGCGACCGAGUAAUAUCUUUCCUCCAGCACCGCCUCCUCCAGCAGCCCCACCGGGAGGAUUCCGGCCUCCUCCGAUGCCACCGAUGCCGGGUAUGCCACCACCACCUCCAUUUCCUCCAUUUCCUGGUGCAGGGCCUCCGGGCCCUCUUCCGCCACCAAUGUUCGGCGGCGGCGCACCCGGAACACGCACAGCGAGCGCAAGUGGCAGUCGCUCAGACAGGGGGGGCUCCGACCAGCAUUCUGAGCAUGGUUCCGGCUCCGACCGAUCGUACCACUCCCAUUCGGAACACGAAGAGGGACACAGCGAAGAAGAAGAAGAAGGUGAUUACCACCCAGACAGCAUCGACGAGGAAGAACGCGGUGGUGAUGGUUCCGCGCCUCCACCACCUGCACCUGCACCGCCCGGUGCCUUCCCCUUCCCACCACAACCACCACCACCAGCACAGUUCCCAGGCGCACCUCCUCCCCUACCGCCCGGCUUCGCCCCCCCGGGAGGAGGAGGAGGAGGAGGAAGAGGAGGAGGAGCAGGGGCUCCGCCUCCCAGUAUGAUGGGGAGAGGAAGCGGUAGUGGGCCGCCGGCUUUCUUCCCUUUUGCUCCUCCGGGCGGGGGAGCAGGGAGGGGAAUUAUGAUUCCUCCGCCGCCUCCGCCGGCGUUUGGCCCUGGUUAG